CGCGCACACACAGUUCCGGCUCGGCGGACGCCGGGCAAAAGCGCUUCCGGGGCUGCGCUGCGCACGCACAGACAGGCCAGCGCCUUGGCUUUUCUCCCUCCUUGCCUAUCAAGCAUGAUGGCGUUUGCUGCUAUUUGUUACCUUGCAAGCUAUCUAUGUAAAGCCUAAGGCUAUUUCUCAGAAUCGGCCAGCUCCUGGGCCAGAACGCAGAGUUCUAGAGCUCCGGACUUCCUCCGAGACUGAGCAGUGGCAGAUGUGCCUGGGUGAACGACAUCCAACGUUAGAUCUCGGUCGGGAGAAGGGAAUGUUCUAGCCGCCGCAGAAACCAUCCUUUUCUCGAGCUUCCAGCACUCCAAUCGCCAAGACUGUUGACCCAGCUCGAGAAAGCACACCAAACGGGGUUCUCGUUUGCAGGCAGUCCAAGGGAAUUCAGCCUCUCCUGCAUCUUCCAGUCAGCUCAGUCAGGAAUGACACACAAGGCUAAACAAUGCGCGCUCCUGGCUCUACUACAUUUUGAAACCUUUGUAGGGGAGGAAGAAUCCCAGCCGGCCAGUGCCUCUGACUGGCAGAUCUGCCCAAGAAAAUGCCCCCAGGUGAUUCUGAGGAGACACCACGCAAACCACCGGGUAACCCCAGCUAGAACUCAGAGAGUAAAUCAGUGGAAGGGGACGAGGGUGGUUCUGGGAAACCGGACUCUGGGGCAACCUUGGGGGGUUGUAAGAAUACGAAAUUGUUUCAAGGAGAAUCCGGGUCAGGGUCUGGUAACUACUCUGGAGGAACAAAAUCCAGAGGGGCCCUUAUACUCUGCCAACCUCUCCCGGGUGGAAAAUGUGAUUCUCGGGGUAGGAUGAACGAUUGUCUGCAUCCUUGCAAUUAUGGGCAGCUAGGAUACAGUACUUGGCCUGGAGUCAGGAAGACUCAUCUUCCUGAGUUCACAUCCAGUCUCAGCCACUUCCUUGUCGUGUGACUCUGGGCAAGUCACUUAACCCUGUUUGCCUCCGUUUCCUCCUUUGUAAAAUGAGCUGGAGAAGGAAUGGUAAACCGCUCAGGAUCCUGAAAUGGGGUCACGGAGAGCUGGACGUGACAAAAAACAACUGAACGAUUAUUGAGGCUUCCCAGGCUUGCAGGAAAUGUCUGUCCAGUGUUCUUGGUUGGGCAUCAUGUUUGACUGGUGAUAAAUAAAGGGCAGAACAAGCGUACCCUGAGCGUGUGUGUUAGCACAAACAAAAGGAAGAACUGUCUGUUCACGGCUUUUCUGAGCAAUGAUGCAAGUAAUCACAAGGCAAAACAACAACAAGCCCAAUCUGGAAGGACCCGAGUGCCUAACACUAGGAGGGGUUAAAUAAGCUCCGGUUCAUUAAAGGGUCAGAAUGUGCUCAUUCCGUCGAGAGGGAGGCGGAGAACCCGGGGCCCAAGAAGGCCAAAGGCUGCCUUGAGGGAGCGAAAGGGAAACACGGGAAGGCCUGCAACGGCCAUUCGCGCGUCGAUAGUCCUGGGCCAGGCGCGCUGCGUUGGUUGUAAAUAUUGCGGUUUUAAUAAAAGAUGGGCGCCGAACGGCUCGGGGUGGCCGGGGAGGGGAGACGGUUUGCUGCGCUCUACUUUUCAUCUCCUGCCGAGGCCAAUUCCCAGCACCGAGGCAGGCGGACUAAUGAGUGAAGGGCCCCAGUGAGCCCGGGACAAACAACGGAUCAGCGAGCAGGGCCUGGACUGACACAGAUAAGGGAGGCAUUCCCAGGUGGGGAAACUCGCCGCCUCUGCACUAGAGCACAGGAAGGCAUGUUGGGCAUGCUCAGAUGAUGACAAUGGAAUGGCCGGGUGCCCAAACUGAGAAAGUCAGCUCCAGCAGCUCUUUCAAAAAGAAAAAUCUACUGCCAGCACGUUUUCAUCCCCAAAGGGAAGGCCAGGGUUCAAGGAGCUGCGCUCACGGGGAACAGAAUUUGAAAACAAAUAAUAGCCUCGGAAAUAAGGAAUCCCUGAUGUUGGGAGAGAAAUGGGGAGAACAAAAAGGGAAAAUGGAAUGAAACAAAGCUAAAUACUUUUCUAAAAAGAUCAGCAAAGCUUCUUAGUGGUUAGCUAGACGGGCCAAAAGAAAAAGAGAAGAAAUGAAGUGCCCAGUCAAAAACAAAGCAGCAAACCCCAAACUCCAAAACCGCAGAAGAAAGAAAAUGAUCCGCCGGCCCAUGAUACUUGGGGGCCAAUGGCUGACCACGGGGGUGGGGGUGGGUGAACAUCUCACAAGCUCUGUGGCCUGCCCAUUCCCUGGGAUUUCCUUGGUGGGUGAGUGAACUCUCCUGUCCUCAUGAGGGUGGAUGGAUAUCAGGCAAUCACGGGUUCACCCAACUGGAGAAUGCGAAGACCUGAUUGGCGACCCAGGCCAGCCCAUAUUCAGGAAAGAAUCUUCACUACAGAAUGGUCAAAUCCCCAUUCCCAUGGCAGCCUUCCUAGCACCCGAGACAGUUCUUUCCCCCUCUGGCCAUGUUGGUGAACCUGUAGCACCUGUGCCGGAGCAUGCUGGAAGGCAGAAUGAUCAAACCCCAUUCCCAUGGCAGCCUUCCUGGCACCCAAGACAGUUCUUUCCCCCUCUGGUCAUGUUGGUGAACCUGCAGCACCUGUGCCGGAGCAUGCUGGAAGGCAGAAUGAUCAAACCCCAUUCCCAUGGCAGCCUUCCUGGCACCCAAGACAGCGCUCACAUCCCCCUCCAGCCACACCUGUGCUGGGGUGUGCAGGAAGGGGCUUCUCCCCUCCCCUUCUCCACAUGCACCUGAGGACAUUUCUCCCAUCACCCACCCCUCUGCCCAGCAGCCCAUGGGAGUGUUUCCUCCCUCCCCUGUCUGGGAUAUGGUGGGACUCCCUCAGUCUCCAGAAGGUUCACCAUCCCUGCUCCAAGGCUUCCCUUCUCCAGGCUAAGCCUCCCCUGGUCCUGCAGCUCAUCCUGAGUGCAGACUUGCAGACCCUUCUGCAUGUGAUGGAGGCAGGACCCUCAUGUUCUGAAAGCUUGUAUUUCUCACCAGUGAGCGCUAGUUAAGCAUAAUGGCCAAGUCUGGCUUUUGGAUCAUUUAACCAUUCUGGUCGUUAAUGCUCAGGAUGGUUCCGUUCCGUUCCGUACGCCAGCUUUGUGCUCUUGCGUGCUAUUCAUCGCGGACGUUGUUCCGUACUUACCUUCGUCCUGAACUGUUGGCAUCACUGAUCACCGUUAGGGAUCGUCUCCUGUACUGUAUCCUCUUUGAGGGGGGCAUUCCAGAAGGGCAGCAGGAGACGUGCAUGGGGGGACGUGGGCACUUUGCCAAGCACCCUGGCAGUGCAGGGGACUUGCCCACCCCUGUCUGCUGCCCGUUCUCCUUUUGGGGUCCUCAAGUUCACCCGUGGUGUGUCAGAGCCCGGAUUUGUGCCCUCCCCCUCUACGCCCAUUCUCGGAGGUUUCUGGGACAAGGUGGAGAUUUCCCUGGAAUGGGAGCUAACCAGCCCCCCAACCCGAGGAGAUGUGCGAGCCUUGGUCUGCCCCUUGGGCUCCUCCAUCCGCCCCGUCUUAGACAGCUCUUCUUUGGGUGGAAUCCUUUCCUACAGAGUUUGGAGCCCCCCCGUUCUCGGGGUCAUGCCCUGCUCUACACACAUUCAGGGUGGGGGCCUCCCUCUGGGCACCCUUGAGCUGGUCACCGGCCUUCCUCGAAGGCAGCAUUCAGGGCUUAACACACUACUUCAGGUGUGGCCGGGCCAGGCCAGGUAGGAGGCGUCACAGCUCGAAUCCUUCCUCCCUUCACGUCUCCCAAGGUCUCAUCCCUUCUUGGCCCGCCACAUGGUCCCGCUGGACUCGGAGUGAGCCUCCUGGGUUUUUCAGAGCAGGCGAGCCAGAGCUCUAGCCGUGCCCCGUCCUUUUCCCCACCCACAACCCUGCCGCCAGCCUUUGCCUUUGCCCGUUCCACACCCUCCCCGGACAACCUUUAGCUGAUCCUCUUGCCUGGCUCGAUAAAUGCUCUUUCACAUGACUUGCCUCAGUUUCUCCUCUUGAAAUUUCUCUCCACCCGGUCAUUUGGCCAAAGCUCUCUUGCUGCUGAUCUCAUGGUUGUGUCCGAGUCCUUGGCUUGGGAAUGGAAGGCAAAAUGCCAUUUGCUUCUAGCGGAAACAACUUCCUCCCCUCGCCUAAGGAGUACCUGCCCGGGCCUGGGGCGGGGGGAGGUGAGACAACAGGGGCAGCUGGCUGGCAUGGGGGGUCGUGAAAGCCUGAGUCGGGAAGGCUCGAGUUCAAAUCCAUCCUCCAACAUUUACAAGCCACGUGACAUAAGGAGAGCACCUGCCUCCCAAGGCUUUUGGGAUAAGCAGAUGAAUUAACAUUGCUUCGUGCCUGGCCUGGAGGAAGCGCGCACAAGGCCGGAUGGGGCCCGAGGAUGGCAGAGCUCCGCCACAAGGGGGCUCAGGGCUGCUGGGGAACGCCCGCCCAGCUCUUGAGAAGAGAGAAGAUGGCGGGAAUCCCUCUUCUGUGCUUCCUUCUCCAUCUUCUCCCACCCAUAUCGCGGCACGGAUUCCUGAGCUCACGCGGAUGCCCAGCCUCUCCGGUGGAGCUCCCCCUCCCAGCCCAGGAUCCCCGGCUUGGACCAGAGCGUCCAGGCUGAGCCAGAACUGCAGCCCUUUGGGGGGAGCCUCGAGGAGUGGGGAGCUCACUACCUCCCCCAGCCACUCACUGACCUCAUAGAACGUAAGAACCCGAGUGUUGCCUCCUGCUUCUCUUGAGCAACCUGACAGAUAUAGACGAGCAGCUGAGGGUGGGACAGCGGGGACCGGCACCCACCGGGCUCCUCACGUCCCAGCCGAGGAUGGCACCCCUGCCCAAGCCGGCACCUAAGCACCCGAGGAGUCUGGAGACAGCUGAGAGCUGACAGCACGUCCUCCCGGGGACUCGGGGCCGAAAGGCCCUGUCGGGUGCUCCCUUUCCUUGCUUAAGAUGUCCGGGGGUGGCGAGGGGGCAGGGAUCUGCCAUGGCAGUCCUGCUGAAGCUGCUGGGCUGGUGCCGCCACAUGGGGAGCGCCAGCUCCAGAGCCCCGACUGGGUCCCUUCCCACAGGGAUGGGGUCCCCCAUCUUAGUCUCUCUCCCCACCAAGGUGUCUCCUGUGCACAACACACAGCCUUCUUCCUCUCUCUGGCUCUGCAUCUGUCUCUGUCUCUCCAUCUCUCUGUCUCUGUCUCUAUCUCUGUCUGUCUCUGUCCAUCUCUCUGUGUCUCUGUCUCUGUCUCUCCAUCUCUGUCUCUCUGCCUCUCCAUCUCUGUCUCUCUGCAUCUCUCCAUCUCUGUCUCUCUGUGUCUCUCCAUCUCUCUCUCUGUGUCUCUCCAUCUCUCUCUGCGUCUCUCCAUCUCUGUCUCUCUGCGUCUCUUCAUCUCUCUCUCUCUGUGUCUCUCCAUCUCUGUCUCUCUGCAUCUCUCCAUCUCUGUCUCUCUGCGUCUCUCCAUCUCUGUGUCUCUCCAUCUCUGUCUCUCUGUGUCUCUCCAUCUCUCUGUGUCUCUCCAUCUCUGUGUCUCUCCAUCUCUGUCUGCAUCUCUCCAUCUCUGUCUCUCUGUGUCUCUCCAUCUCUCUCUCUGUGUCUCUCCAUCUCUCUCUGCGUCUCUCCAUCUCUGUCUCUCUGCGUCUCUUCAUCUCUCUCUCUCUCUGUGUCUCUCCAUCUCUGUCUCUCUGCGUCUCUCCAUCUCUGUCUCUCUGCGUCUCUCCAUCUCUGUGUCUCUCCAUCUCUGUCUCUCUGUGUCUCUCCAUCUCUCUGCAUCUCUCCAUCUCUGUCUCUCUGUGUCUCUCCAUCCUCUGUCUCUUUGCGUCUCUGUCUCUCUGUGUCUCUCCAUCUCUGUCUCUCUGUGUCUCUCCAUCUCUAUCUCUCUGCGUCUCUCCAUCUCUGUGUCUCUCCAUCUCUAUCUCUCUGCAUCUCUCCAUCUCUGUCUCUCUGUGUCUCUCCAUCCUCUGUCUCUUUGCGUCUCUGUCUCUCUGUGUCUCUCCAUCCUCUGUCUCUUUGCGUCUCUGUCUCUCUGCGUCUCUCCAUCUCUCUCUCUGCGUCUCUUCAUCUCUGUCUCUCUGCGUCUCUCCACCUCUCUCUCUGUGUCUCUCCAUCUCUAUCUCUCUGCAUCUCUCCAUCUCUGUCUCUCUGUGUCUCUCCAUCCUCUGUCUCUUUGCGUCUCUCCAUCUCUGUGUCUCUCCAUCUCUGUCUCCCUGUGUCUCUCCAUCUCUCUCUCUCUGCAUCUCUCCAUCUCUGUGUCUCUCCAUCUCUGUCUCUCUGCGUCUCUCCAUCUCUGCGUCUCUCCAUCUCUGUCUCUCUGUCUCUCUCUCUGUCUCUCCAUCUCUCUCUGCGUCUCUCCAUCUCUCUCUCUCUGCGUCUCUUCAUCUCUCUCACUCUGCGUCUCUCCAUCUCUGUCUCUUUGCGUCUCUCCAUCUCUGUCUCCCUGUGUCUCUCCAUCUCUCUCUCUCUGGGUCUCUCCAUCUCUGUCUCUCUGCAUCUCUCCAUCUCUGUGUCUCUCCAUCUCUCUCUCUCUGUGUCUCUCCAUCUCUGUCUCUCUGCAUCUCUCCAUCUCUGUGUCUCUCCAUCUCUGUCUCUCUGCAUCUCCCCAUCUCUGUGUCUCUACACCUCUGUAUCUCUGUGUCUCUCCAUCUCUGUGUCUCUCCAUCUCUGUCCCUGUGUCUCCAUCUCUCUCUCUGUCUCUCCAUCUCUCUCUGCGUCUCUCCAUCUCUCUCUGCGUCUCUCCAUCUCUGUCUCUCUGCGUCUCUCCAUCUCUGUCUCUUUGCGUCUCUCCAUCUCUGUCUCCCUGUGUCUCUCCAUCUCUCUCUCUGUGUCUCUCCAUCUCUGUCUCUCUGCAUCUCUCCAUCUCUGUGUCUCUCCAUCUCUAUCUCUCUGCGUCUCUCCAUCUCUGUGUCUCUCCAUCUCUGUCUCUCUGUGUCUCUCCAUCUCUCUCUCUGUGUCUCUCCAUCUCUCUCUGCGUCUCUCCAUCUCUGUCUCUCUGUGUCUCUCCAUCUCUCUCUAUGUGUCUCUCCAUCUCUCUCUGCGCCUCUUCAUCUCUGUCUCUCUGCGUCUCUCCAUCUCUGUCUCUCUGCGUCUCUCCAUCUCUCUCUCUCUGCGUCUCUUCAUCUCUGUCUCUCUGCGUCUCUCCAUCUCUCUCUCUCUGUGUCUCUUCAUCUCUGUCUCUCUGCGUCUCUUCAUCUCUGUCUCUCUGCGUCUCUCCAUCUCUCUCUCUGUGUGUCUCUUCAUCUCUGUCUCUCUGCAUCUCUCCAUCUCUGUCUCUCUGCGUCUCUCCAUCUCUCUCUCUCUGCGUCUCUUCAUCUCUCUCUCUCUGUGUCUCUCCAUCUCUCUCUGUGUCUCUCCAUCUCUGUCUCUCUGUGUCUCUCCAUCUCUCUCUAUGUGUCUCUCCAUCUCUCUCUGCAUCUCUCCAUCUCUGUCUCUCUGCGUCUCUCCAUCUCUCUCUCUGCGUCUCUUCAUCUCUGUCUCUCUGCGUCUCUCCAUCUCUGUCUCUCUGCGUCUCUCCAUCUCUCUCUCUCUGCGUCUCUCCAUCUCUCUCUCUCUGCGUCUCUCCGUCUCUGUCUCUCUGCGUCUCUCCAUUUCUCUCUCUCUGUGUCUCUCCAUCUCUGUCUCUCUGCGUCUCUCCGUCUCUCCAACGUUGCUGGGCCUGAGGAGGUAGCCGUGGGGAGGACAGGAGGGAAAGGAGAAGGUGGGGGCGAGCCUGGAGAGCAGGGCUGGCCCUGCUGGGAGAAAGCUUGCUGGCUUCCAUUCAGGCCUCCCUGAGUUUGGAUGCCCGCCAGCGGGGUGGCCCAGGCAAAGGACUUCAGGCCUCUUGGCCUCAGUCUGCUCCCCUGUGAGAUGGGGAGGGCAGGCCGUGAUGCGGAUCGGAGGAGGAGACACCAAACGGAGACGGCAGCGCUGACGAUGGAGAUCUUUUGGGCCAGAGAAGCUCUCUGGGACGGGGAAGGCUUUCCCUUUGCGGAGCCCCCCCGGGCUCCCCCUCCCUCCCCAGAGAGGCCCAUAGUUCUUUGUCUGCCUUUGCCCACCCGCCUUCCUUCUUGGUGACCAGGACGGAGCUCUCACUGUGUCCCCUCGGUGCAGGAGCAAUGCGCGCCAGCCACCCAGAUCUCACAUCACCUGCCAGAGUGCCCGGGGCUUAUGGGUGGCAUUCUGCUGACAGCUCUCCUCGGGGCAGCGAGCCUCAGACCCGGCAGGGGAGCCCAGAAUGCAGACAGAGCAGGGACGUCCCGGCUCUGCUGAUGGUGUGACUGUGGCCAGGUCCUUUCCUCUCCAGCCCUCAGUGUCCCCAUCUGUAAAAGUCAGGAUUGGCCUAAGCAGAAUGCAGGCCAUUGCUGCACCCCGACAGUGCUGCUGCUGCUGCCCACAAGGGAGGUUCUCCGGUUUGUUGAGCCCAGCUUUCCCCGGGGGGUCCAGCAGACACUUGUGGCCUAGCCUAGAAACGUGGCCCACCUUACCAACUGGCCCUGAAUUGAGCAGUCUGGGCACGAGGAGGGCAGGGACUCCCCGGGUGCCCCUUCUCUGGAAGCCUGGGGCACAUGGCCCAGGGGGCGAGUUCAGGUUAGAGGUGGCUGAUAGUGGCAUCCAGAUCAGUAAUGAUCACUCAGCACGUGUCCUGGGCACUGGGGACCCACAAAGAGGAGGAGGAUGGUCCCUGCCCUCUAGGAGUCUCCAGGGUGGCAGCAUGGCCCCCUCUCCCCUGGGCUCUCCUCUCCCUCUUUCUGUGCCCCCUCCUCCGCCAGGUCCCCUCCUCUCAUCUCCUGGGCCCCGUUUCAGAUUGUGCCAUUUGGUGGUGCCCAGACAGCCAGGCCUUCCCUCUCAGGGGCCCCUUUGGGCCCAGCAGGGUUUCCCUUUGCUGCAUACUUGUCUGCAAGACCAAGCUUUGUGGUGAAGCACCCACAGCAAGCCUGGCUUGUCCAGGGGCACCUUCCAGAACUUUGGGCAUCAUGGCAUGGUAGGACUCCCCAGGGACAAAGGGAGCCUCCUUCCCUGCCUUUGGGUCCUUCCUUCGGUUCUCACUUGCCUUUCAUGAGGGCCCUGCAGGCUUCCAGAGGCUCUAGAACCAAGAGCUCGGCACCCACCACAAGACCACUGUGGACUGGAUGGUGCCCAGGUCCCAGGAGGCCCACCCUGAGGACUUGUGCCACAGCAGCCUCCUCUCCAGGCUGGGUGCCCCACAUUCUGGAAUGCAGGCCCUGAAAUCCUGAGGCAAAGACCACAACUCUGCCAGGUUCGGGCUCUCUGCAGACCCUGGAAGGCCAUCCAGCCAUCCAGAGUGGCCAAAAGCCAGGUGGGGAGGGAGAAAACAAGGCAGAAUCCCCCUGAUCUCAGCAGCCCACCUGUAUGGUCCUCUGCUUGCUGGAGGAGCCCCAUUUCUCAGUGGCCCAUGGGUAGGAGGGUGGGCUGUGCAGCCCCUGGGUGAAAGCAGGAGGAGAGAGCCUGGUGCUGCCGGGUCCCAGCCUGGAUAGUGCCAGCUUCCCUCCAAUUCUGGGAGGAAGCUGACCUGGACAGCUCUGAUGGGGACCAAUUCCCAACAUGCAAUGGGACACUUUGGGGAGAUUUGGAAGCCAUGCUCUGGGCCCAACUGAGUGAUGUCCCUCCUCUCCUGGGGCACCUUCUCCAUUGACCCUGCCAUCAACCUGCACAAAUGGGUUCUUCACUCUCUAGGUUCACAGCAGAACUCUGAACCUCGGGCCUCACUUCCCAUUAAGAGCUUGGCCUCACAAAAAACUGGAAAAUGAAGGGAUGCCCUCUGAUUAGGGAAUGGCUGAACACAGUGUGGUAUCUGUUGGGGAUGGAAUACUAUUGUGCUCAGAGGAAUAAUGAACUGGAGGGACUCCAUGUGAACUGGGACGACCUCCAGGAAGUGAUGCAGAGUGAGAGGAGCAGAACCAGGAGAACACAGAGAUGGAUACAUUGUAGCACGAUCGAAUGUAACUGACUUCUCUACUAGCAGCAGUGCAAUGACCCAGGACAAUUCUGAGGGAGUCAUGAGAAAGAAAACCGUCAACAUCCAGAGGAAGAACUGUGGGAGCGGAAAUGCAGAAGAAAAACACCUGCCUUAUCACAUGGGUUGAUGGGGAUAGGAUUGGGGACGUAGACUGUAGACUAUCACCCCAGUGCAAAUGUCAACAAUAUGGAAAUGGGUCUUGAUCAAUGACACAUGUCAAACCUAGUGGAAUUGCUCAUUGGCUACGGGAGGGGGAGGGGACGAAAAGACCAUGAAUCAUGUAACCAUGGAAACAUUCUAAAUUAACUAAAUAAAAUUUUUCAAUAAAAUAAAAUAAUUAUGUGGCGUUGGACAAGACACUUAAAAAAAAAAAGAGCUAGGCCUCAGGGCUAAGCAGUGUAUUCCCUGAGGGAGGAGACCUCUGGGAGCCAGAGCUGGAAUAUGGGUCCAGCAGAGCUGGGCAGCUGGGCUCAGGCCAUGGCCACCAUCUCUCCACCAGGCAGGAACAACCACAGCCUUCCUUUGACAAGGACAGGAUGAGGAGGCGCUAGAGAGAGAGGAUCUCUCCAUCCCAAGGAGACGUGUACAAUCAGAACAAAAUGAGACAGAGACAGAGAGAGCUACUGGUUUGGCCUUUAGCGAGGCCGCAUCAUCUAGUAAAAAGGGAGCCAGCCUGAGAGUCAGGAAGACCAGGUUCUACCUCGAACCCAUGACUUGAACACAACCUUGGGCACUAGCUCUUUGGGAUGAGGGAACAUUUAAGCCUCCCAGGGCUUCAGGCAAGUCUCCCAGACGAGUGAGCCAGCCGGCUCUUGGCCAAAACCACAUAGACCAUCAGGAUCACCCACUGCUCCAGUUCCCAAGUGGAAAAUGUCUCUACUCAGCAUGUGGAAGUCCUCAGGAAGGUGGGCUCCUCCGUCCAGAGACAGGCCAGAAUCGUCUGGAAUGCCUGCCAGAUGGGAGGGGGGAGGCACCACAGUCAAAUGGUGC